UAUCUUCAAAACCUCUGUUCCGUUGCUGGUUUGGGAAGUGUUUCAUGGUGUAAGUCGUGUAAGUGAGGUUAAAAGAACUGUGAGAUCUGAUUGGCCACCACAUGCCCCACAAAUAGCGGACAAUCACCAGGGACCCUGGCAGCUGUUCAGAGGAUGUCCGCGCCUGGGCCAAGCCUGGGGUUCCUGAACCAAUUUGGUCCAAGAUCCAUCAAUUCGCAAUCGCAAACACCUUCCAACUCGCACCUCGACAACCCGAGCGCACAUUGCUUCCCCCGACUGACGACCGAAUCGCCACAGGAUGGCUGUCGGGCUUGCCAAUGGCCGACCGGCUGCCGACGAAGAAGCCCGCGCCGAGGUCGACGUUCUCAACUCGCGCCUCGAAAAGACCACCCAGUUGACCAAGAAGAUCCAAGCUUGCUUGGGAAGACUAGAAGCUACGGGGAAGAGCGUUCGUGAUGUCGCCGGACCUCUCAACGGCGAGACAAGAAGACUACAGAUACUCGGCAAUAACAUCGAUUCCGUCAUUGCAGCUAUUGAACGUCUACGACAGCCAGCAGACAGCAAGAAUGACGAAGAACAGAUUAUCCGAAUGGGCCCCGACAAGGCCGGCCUCUCCAACUACCUUGGUUCAAUCAAGCGUCUUAACAAGGCCCUCGACGACAUGAAGGCCUCCAACCUUCGAUCAACCCAACAGACCGUCGCCGAACUCCAGCGCCUGGUUAAGCUCGGCAACUCCCAGCUCGAGAAUGCUUUCGACAAACUAUUACGAAGCGAAACACCAAGAAUGAUCGAACCACUACACUUCAUCACGAAGAACAAGGCGUUCCCAGUGUUGUCACAAGACAAGUUCAACAAACUCGGCCUGAUGAACUCAUUUGUAAAUCAGCAAACUGCAGGGGCUAAUCCACCACAAGAAUCACCAGUAGCAAAGAUCUACGCCGAAAUAAGAUCGCAAUACCUCUCUUCGUCACUAGUAAACAUGGCCGCGGCCAGCAGCAACACGGCAAAGAAGAAGAACCCAGACGCUAUCUACCGGGCAGGCACCAACGGAAUAGGCACCUACGCGCAGGCGAUGGAGGGACUGUUCCUCUCCGAGUACGAAAACAUCUGCAACAUUUUCACGAGAGAAGACUGGGGUUCCGUCUUUCAAGCAACCUGCCAGCCGGCCCUGGUAGAGCUGGGAAGGACAUUGCGAGAACUGAACGGUCACAUCAAACAGCACAUGAACACAGACUGCUACCUCGCCUACGAGAUCGUCGAGAUUAUCUCAGCACUCUCCAACAAUCUCGAGGCCAAGACAGGCGAGCUCAAGAGCUCACUGGCCGCCUCUCUCAAACCAGUCCGGGAAACCGCCAAGUCUUCCCUUGCCGAGCUGUUGGAGGACACCAAGCGGCGGGUCAACUCUUUACAGACACUGCCCCAGGACGGCGCGCCAAUACCAAUCAUUUCGGAAACCAUGCAGAGACUACAGACAAUGGUGGACUUUCUCCGCCCAAUAUCGAGCAUUAUGGUUUCGUUGGGAGAUGGGAACUGGAAGUCUGUCAGCGCCUCGAGAAGCGGGGCAGUAGGGGACGCCAUCCCUAGCCUUGCGUCUUUCGACGUCGGGGCCGAUGGCAAGGAAAUCUUUGCGCACUACUGCACUGACACCAUCGAAGCGUUGAUGAUGUCCCUCGACGGCCGGGCACGGUUGAUCCUCCAAAAGAAACCUGUCAUGGGCGUCUUUUUAGCCAACAGCGUCGUCAUCAUCGAGAGGAUGAUUCUCCAAUCCGACCUUGGACCUCUCCUCCAAGGCCGGUUGGGUGUGCUCGAAGCCUGGAGGAAGAAGGCCACCUCGCUCUACAUGGAAGCUUGCAAGGAUGUGUCGGUGCAUUUGUUCGACAUGAUCAAGACUGGGCAAGGUGGCAGGUCGGGUGGUGGGAGACCGACGAGCGGGCAAGGGGCGGUGGAUAGUGCCAGUAUCAUGAAGGGGUUGGGGAGCAAGGACAAGGCGGAGAUCAAGGAGAAGUUUCAGUUGUUUAAUGCUGGGUUUGAGGACAUGGUGCAGAAGCACAAGAGUUAUAGCAUGGAGAAGGAGGUGAGGGGGCAGUUUGCGAAGGACAUGCAGAACAUGAUUGAGCCGCUGUACUGUCGGUUUUGGGACCGGUAUCAUGAGAUUGACAAGGGGAAGAAGGGAGGGCAGGGGAGGGUUAAGUGGGAUAAGGGGGGGAUUGCGGCUGUUUUUCAGGGGUUGUACUAGUUUUUUCGUUGGAGUAUAAUGGUAAUGAAAGGGGGGAGUGGAUGAUGAUGGGUUUUGGGAUUCAAGCUAUGGGAUUAUUGACAUUGGCAUGUGGGAAUUGAUUGGAAUUUUUGAGAAGAAAGCAAGGAAUAUCAGACCACAUUUGCGUCAUGCUAGGGGGGGGCAGGAUUUCUUGUGAGUUGCCUUAUUGAUUACUAGCCUGUUUAUUGCCCUGCUUUGCUAGUGUAUCUUUAUUGGGGGUAUAUUGUGCUUUUUUCAGGAAUAGAUCUUACGCAGGCUGAGAUAUUGUUGCGCAGCUGGGAUUUACCCACACCGGUCUGUUAUUUGGGUUUAAGGCAGGUCGUGGUGGUGGUUGCUACCUGCUGUUUCGACUUUUUGAGAGUGCCUGGUCAGCGGCAGGCAAACUGCAGCCCCGGCAGCCUAGCCCUUGCAGACCGGGGGGUACACUACACGGGGAUC